GAGAAGAAGGGGGCGCAGUGCAUACUGGGUCUUGUAGUUCCGGCGCAAAGGAGAGGGCAUGGUGUUGCGUAGCACUCUGGGAGUUGAAGUCCACUUGUCCAGUGGGAGCUCAAAGAAGGCAUAAUGUGAAUUGUCCGUCAGAAACACCAGAUACAGAGUGAUACUUUCCCUUGGCUCUGCGCUUGCCGUAUUGGUGACCUAAGGGCUGGGGUGGCGAAGAGUGGGGAAAAAGAAUGAGGUGGCGCAUGGGUCUGUGGGCUGCAGAUAUUGCUACAACAAAUCAAAAGGCUUUCGUGCCCCGGAAGUGGCUGACCUACUCGGUUCGAAGGGGAGGCCUUUCCUCUUACUACGGUGGCCGGGGAGCUCGGGUCCCUGUGGCAGCGGCGCUGAGGUCGGAGCGUUUGCGUGUGUACUGGCUGCUUUUGGGGCGGCUUCUGCUAGAGCUGGAACAUUUCCCGGCACUAAAGAUAACUUUACGGAAGAAUGCAAUCAAGUGAUGGCUUUUUCUUUAGAAUUUGAAUAUGGAGGCCACAGGAACAGAUGAAGUUGACAAGCUAAAAACUAAAUUUAUAUCUGCUUGGAACAACAUGAAAUAUAGUUGGGUGUUGAAAACAAAAACAUAUUUUAGUAGAAAUUCCCCUGUAUUAUUGCUUGGAAAAUGUUACCAUUUUAAAUAUGAAGAUGAGAAUAAACUGUUACCUGCAAGAUCAGGAUGUACAAUAGAAGAUCAUGUAAUUGCGGGAAAUGUAGAAGAAUUUCGUAAAGAUUUCAUUUCAAGAAUAUGGUUGACCUAUAGGGAAGAAUUUCCUCAAAUAGAAGGCUCGGCUUUGACAACAGACUGUGGUUGGGGCUGUACAUUAAGAACUGGCCAGAUGCUAUUGGCUCAAGGACUCAUACUACACUUCCUUGGUAGAGCUUGGACGUGGCCUGAUGCUUUGAACAUUGAAAAUUCAGACUCUGAAUCAUGGACUUCCAACACUGUAAAAAAAUUUACUGCAUCAUUUGAAGCAUCACUUUCAGGGGAAGGAGAACUCAAAACUCCAACAGUUUCUCAGAAGGAAACAAUCAGAAGAUAUUCUGAUGAUCAUGAAAUGCGAAAUGAAAUUUAUCACAGGAAAAUCAUCUCUUGGUUUGGUGAUUCCCCUUUGGCUCUCUUUGGUUUACAUCAACUAAUAGAAUAUGGAAAGAAGUCUGGGAAAAAAGCCGGAGAUUGGUAUGGACCAGCUGUGGUUGCUCAUAUUUUAAGAAAAGCAGUUGAAGAAGCAAGACACCCUGAUUUACAAGGAAUAACUAUUUAUGUUGCACAAGACUGUACAGUUUACAGUUCUGAUGUAAUUGAUAAACAGUGCACUUCCAUGGCCUCUGAUAAUACAGAUGACAAAGCCGUUAUUAUUCUAAUCCCCGUUAGACUUGGUGGGGAAAGGACCAACACCGACUACUUAGAUUUUGUAAAGGGUAUUUUAAGCCUUGAAUAUUGUGUGGGUAUUAUUGGUGGCAAACCUAAACAGUCAUACUACUUUGCUGGAUUUCAAGAUGACAGUUUGAUUUACAUGGAUCCUCAUUACUGCCAAUCUUUUGUAGAUGUCAGCAUAAAGGAUUUCCCUCUUGAGACAUUCCACUGCCCUUCUCCCAAAAAGAUGUCAUUUCGAAAAAUGGAUCCUAGCUGUACGAUAGGAUUUUACUGUCGAAACGUUCAGGACUUCAAACGAGCUUCUGAAGAAAUCACUAAGAUGCUGAAAAUUUCUUCUAAGGAGAAAUAUCCCUUAUUUACUUUUGUAAAUGGUCAUUCCAGAGACUAUGAUUUUACAUCUACUACAACCAAUGAAGAAGACCUUUUCUCAGAGGAUGAAAAGAAAAGAUUAAAAAGAUUUAGCACAGAAGAAUUUGUCUUGCUCUAAAGAUUAGUGUAUUUGUGCUUGUUGAGAAGAACUCCUCUGCAGGGGGAACAAUGAAGAGAAACAAGUUUACUUGAAACUGGCUUAUUUUCACAAAUAUCUUAAUUUUAUAUGUUCUUUAAAAAAAGAACAUUUGGAAAUAUACAAGUUUUAGAGAUAUUUUUCUGAAAGAGAAAUGAUUUAAUGAAUCUUUAUUUCUAAUAAAUAUCAAGUGAUUCUGGCUGCAUUCCUAUUUCCCUAAGAUCUGCUAACCUUAACUCUAACUUAAUUGUAAGCCUUCCAGUCUUCAGAUUCUUCCACCUGAGGCCACUAGUCUCCUGAAGGGUUUGUGAUAAAGGUCCCAAAAUCGGAAUCACCAAAUAGGUUUGGAAGCUUCCACUUAGACACUAACAACCAGAAGACCAGAGAAUGAACCUUCAGUGCUGCAUAGCCUCCUCAUAUUAUUGCAACCAAAGGAUACUUAUGGAUGUAUCUGGAUAUAUUAAAUAGCAGUUGUUAGCUGUGAUAUGCAUACAAUUAUAUAAGUAGAAUUGUAAGUUAAUGUAAUACUUAGCAAUAUGAUUUUAUAAUGGCUCCUCAUUUUGCUUGCUAUCAAGUCUUCUCUGAGGAGUGAAUAUAAAGUAUUGGUGUUCCCCAGAAAUUUAAAGGUUAUGUUAUUAAUAACUUCAUCUAAUCAAAUCAGAUAAAGGCAAUUUUAAGGCAGUAGUACUGUUUGUUUCCUGUCUCAAAAAUGGAAUUUUAUGGGAAUUCUGCUUACUAUGGAGUUUUUUAAUCUAAAGAUAAGGACUAAGAAAGAUAUCAGUAAAUGCUCCUCAAUGUGAUUUUUGCUAUUUGUAUGAAUCAGUGUAGUGGUAUUUAGAAGUUGAGGCUAUCUAUAAGGUAAUUCUGCCUUAAGUGUGUUAUGUGUUAUUGAAAGGCAAAUAUGUGAUAUAAAAAUAUAAGAGUUAUUAUUCAGCCAGGAUUAUGUACUUUAAUAAAGAUGUGAGAACAUAAAGUACCUUUGUUUGGUUUUAAUAGGAUUAUUUUAGUUCUUUAAUUUGAAAAAAUCAUUGUCUCAUAUGAAGUCUAUUUAUUUAUAAUGAAGGCAAGUAAUAUUGUUUCUCUGAAAGCAAAAUAUUAACUUACUUUAUGGAGCUUUCAUGUUUCAGUGCAGAAAGGUGACUUAUAAAGACAUAAAAUUGUGUAUCUUUUAAAGUCAUUGAUCUCUUCCAUCAGAAAGCCUAUUUGUUAGGUUUAGAGUUGCAUACAAAACAGAAACAGAGGGGGCAGUUGCUUUAAUAUGCCUGAUGAGAGAAAUCAGAUUUGGCAUUUCCCUGCGAGAACAGUUUACUACAAUGAUAAAAAUGGCCUGAAAUCUAAAAUUUUCCUUUAUUCCAGAUAAAAUCUGGACAAAUUAAGUCCAGUACUAAUUUUCCUAGAAUGUCAAAGCAUUACAGGAAUACGAAGCCAGUAUUAUGCCCGAUUAUAUGCGCUGCAGUUGUAUUGUCUAAACUAUUGCAGUUUGUUUUUUAUAUGCACCUGCAGUAUUCACAGGAUUUUACAACAAACACAUCAAAUGAGAGUACCUAUACGUUCAAAUGAAUCAGAACUGAUUGUAAGUAUUCUCUUACAAGAGCUAUAUAAAAGUUUAGACUUAUAUUCUUGCAUUCUAUUAUUUUCUCACCAUCUUUGGGGAUCAUUUUCUUUUUU